AUGCGAUCCAAGCUAACAAGUUCGAUUUUUGUGAGUCCCACAGCCCAGGAAAAAGGAUAUCUGGCUUCAUAUUUUACGGCCAAAACUCCUCUAGAGGCACAAGCACCUCUUUUCGGAGUCGCAAAUUUGCAGAGCUUUGGUAGACUUUUUGCCUUCCCGACUUGUUGCGCAGGCAAAGAAUAUGGUCUGCUCCUGUACUGCAUUCUCAGCCAUCAACAUCGCCAGAGCUGGAUCAGCCGAUUGGUACGCUUUUGGACUUGUCUACUCUGUUUAACCACGUUGGCAUCCCAGGCGGAUGGCGUUUCGGCUUCCAAUCUGGCCUCCAGCUACUUUUCCAGCAAAAAUCUGAAAAACCUUUUGGUCCUUUUUCUGGUAUUUAAGACUUGCGGCCUCAUGGGCGAUGGAGGCAGCAGUAAGCAGAAUGGUAGUCUGGACAACUGUUGUUGUUGUUGUUGCCAGCAACCCAAGCCUCAGAAGACAGCAAGUCAAAAUCGACAAUCGCAGCGCUGCUGUUGCAUGCUCUGCCCCUGUCCUUCACCUCCGAAAUCCCCUCCGCCCCAGCCUCCUUCGAACUGUUGCUGCCUCUGUUUGCCCUGCUGCUGUUGCUGCCAGGAGCCGGCGCCACCGCCACAGCCGCUGCCACCGCCACCGCAACUGCCGCGUCCCAAUCUCGACAACGAGUGUUGCUGUUGCUGUUGUCCAUGCUGUACCUGCUGUAGCCUGCAUGAGCUUUGCUUCACCGAAACGGCUGCAAUAGCCGCGGCAUUGUCGAGUCAGUCGGUGAUCGCUGUUUUGCCGAACAUCCUUCUCAGAGAGUUCGGAUGGUAUCCCGAUGGGUGUUUUCAAUCUAUGAAUAGAAAUGCAACCAACUCAAUUGCCAACUCAAUUGGAAGCAAAGUAAAAGCGAUUUAUGAUGGAAAACGAGACGAUAAACUGCCUUAUAGACCAGCAGCCUGGAAACUAUCAAACUACAGCCUUGACGUUCAGAAUUUGGUUUGGAGCAUCUCGCCAUCUCUGAGCGAACUGUUGGAGCAACCUGAAUUUCCAGGUCUGGCACUGUUUGCUCCCAAUAUCCUUAAAAGCUGGCUCGACUAG